ACCAGUAGUGACGCCCUGUUCCUGCCUACCUACCAAGACGAGGAGAUGGUGGACAACCUGCUGUCCAGCGAGGAUUCUGAUGGAGACUCUGGUGUAGAAGGCCUCUCCCUGGCUAAGGCCCUGCUCCCCCUGGUGGACUCCUCCUCCCCGCCCCUCAUCCCCUGGGUGUGCUCCACUCGCUACAAGACGGAGCUCUGCACCAGCUACUCGUCCAACGGCUUCUGCAAGUACGCCGAGUGCUGCCAAUUCGCCCACGGCCUCCACGAGCUCCACGUGCCCUUCCGCCACCCAAAGUACAAGACUGAGUUGUGCCGCAGCUUCCACACCACCAGCCACUGUUACUACGGCAACCGCUGCCUGUUCGUCCACAGCUCCACCGAGCAGCGGCCCUCCCUGCGCCACCGCAGGAACGUCGCCUGCCGCACCUUCUGCUCCUUUGGUGUCUGUCCCUUUGGAACCCGCUGUAACUUCUUGCAUGUAGAGAGUGGAGAUGUCGGCAGUGGUCUGGAGUCUCCUGACGUCGUGGAGAAGACUCCACCUCCAGCGCCAUCUGUCUCCAGCCCCCAGCUCCACCCCCAGGCCAAGGAGUGGAAGCCUCGGGGAGCUCUGUGCCGCACCUUCAGCUCCUUCGGGUUCUGCCUGUACGGAACGCGCUGCCGCUACCAGCACGGCCUCCCCAACAAGAUCAAGACCCCCGAGCAGACCUUCUUCCCCCAGCUGUCCCCUGGUUUAGACUCCCCCACCUCCUUCUUCCCCUCUUGCUCAUCCAUUCCUUCCACCUCCUCCUCUCCACCAUCAGCCUCCUCUGUCAACACCCCCACUGCAGAGGUCACAGCCCACAACGCCUUCACCUUCUCCAGCCAGCACCUGAGCGACCUGCUGCUGCCGCUGGUCCUCCACCUGCAGCAGCUGGAGAGCAGCAAGGUGCAGGAGAUCUGGGAAAACAGGGCGCUCUGACAGGAAGUGGUCGUAGUUAGAAUCCAGCAUCAGCACUGACCAACACAGCUCCAUUAAACCUUAUGGAAACAUUUUUUAUUUAUUUUUUAAAUCCUUCCCCUUUCCAUAGGGAAUGUAUUAUAUUUUUUAAUUAAGGUUGUUUGACUUGAGAGCUUGUGUGUCAGCAGUUUAGAUGGGACAAGAACUUUUCAAUUGCAGAUCAAGUGGUCUGUGGAAAAUCUAAAGUUGAUGCUAUGAAUGUAUAUUUUUUAAACUAUUGUAAAUACUUAUUAAUGAACUGAGUAAAUGAGAUGUCUGAGCUCAGAAUCAUGAAUAAACUAAUUUUAAUCUAA